ACCAACGAAUCUGAAUCAACAGCCUUAUUCAAGAUGCCACUUGUCAAGCUCUACUUCUCUCCUGCGCUGCUGUUCCUAGUGCUCGCCUGCCCUCUGUGCCAGGUCAGCCAGUCUUUGCCAGUGAUGAGUACAGGACCAAUGGCAGACUCGUGUGUUUUAUACGCACAAUCUCUUCUACACAACAUCACUAAAGCACUCACACAGGAAAACCUGUUCAGUGGAAUCAACUGCACCAAGCAGGGUGUGAAGGUCAACAUGGAGACAAAAACAGCAUCUGUGUGUGCACCAAAGCAAUCAGUAUGCUCCGGAGUUAUCAACUCAGAAUUUGACCAGGAGUCAUGUCUGACAAACAUUGAGGAGGAUCUGCAUCACUACUACAAAUUUCUAGCUGCUCAGCUGGACCCUGACAGUUUACUCGGCCCAACUGUUCUUUUCAGCCUCAGAGAACUCAUGGAGAACUGCUUUACACGAUCUCUGCCAACAGGCUUGGUCUCAGAGGAGGCUGCUGCAGACCGCCCAAGCACCUAUGAUGAAAGACUGAGCCUCUGCAAAGUGCUCAAGGGCUUCCAGGUCCGCGUCAUCACAAUCAACAGAGUCAUUGCAUAUAUGAACUCUGGAGAACACACUAAAUGAAUCAUGUUCUAACAGAUUAGUAAUUUCAGAAAGCUAUACAGAACCACUUUACAUACAAAUUACCUAAACUACAGUAACAGUUCAUUGACAAAAAACACUCUAUAACUUUUAAAGGUACAUGUGUAUCAGUUUAUGUAGUCGUCUAACUUAUAUUUGACAUCAAAAUGGUGUGUUCAAGUACUUUCUGUGUAUCAACAGACUAUGCUAUUUAUUUAUUAAUGACAUUUGUUUUAUUCUGGUCUAUUUAUUAUCAACUAUUUAUUGUUAUGUAACACUGUUCUUUAUGUAAGAAUCUCCUAAUAAAUAUUUUUCUCCUGCAUUAA